AUGCGGCAUAUUGACGCCAGCUUCAAAGCCCCGCAGGGCCCAGUGAUCAGGCUGAGCACCUCCCUUGGCAAGACGGUAGAAGUCGCUGGCUACACAGAUGUCACGAGGGCAUUUCAGCGGAUGGAAGGCAUCGUUCGUAGGAAUCAGGUCAAGAAAGAUACGCUAAGCCAGAAAUUCCAUAUCAGAAGAGGGCAGCUGCGAAAAAACAAGAGGAUCGUGCGGUGGCGAGCACGCUUCAAGGAAGGCUUUGUGGCCGAGUGUGCUAGGAUACAGAGGAUGAAGAAGCAGGGCUGGUGA